AUGUGGGUGGUGCUCCCAGACAGCCUCAUCAGGCAGCAAUCAGUUCCUUGGCUUGGACAACAGCUCAUCGCUUCUGAGAAACCUCCCCGUCCUCAGGGCUGUGGAGAAAAGAUGGGGACAAGUCCCAUGGAGCUCAAGUGGCUUUUGAUGUGGCUCUUGUUUGGAUUCAUCAAGGGGAAGAAGCCAGGUGUAUGCCCAAGUCUUCCACCGACUGAAUUUGCUGAUGUUACUGCUGAGAUGUAUCCAGCACAGACCAAACUGUACUAUACUUGUGACCCUGGCUAUGGCAGAAAGGCCAGUGAAUACCUAGGAAUUCAGUGUAAGAUUGAACAGCAGGGUGCUGUUUGGAAACACCAACUAUUUAAAUGCUUUGAGCAGAAAGAUUUGUCGUCAAUGGAUCCCAUGAUGGAAUUAGAACUUACACAGAAGCCAGAAAGAGAACCAAGGAGCCCUGCACCUCAGAAGCAAGAAGACCUUUCAGAGUCCAAACAAAAAGAUUUCUGUGGUCCUCCCAAGACUGUUCCACAUGCCUCCAUAAGGCUGCCCCAACAGCAUUACGUGGGACAAGUCUUGCAUUUCAAGUGCCAGACAGGUUAUGAUAAGAGACCCCCCACCUCUGGCAGCAGGACGUGCAAGGAGGUGAAUGGCAAAACCUUCUGGACGCCCCUCGAUAUGAGAUGUACCAAUGACAGCAACCAGUGGUCACCACAGACCACUGGGCCAGGUUUGACUCAUCUGUCCUCUUUCCUUUCCUCAUCAGGGACACAGCCAGUCACAGGUUUUACAGCUCUCUGGUUUGUUCUGCUUAUCAUUCCCACUGCCUUUGUGUGACUCAUCAAGCAAACAAUAAAGUAAGUGGGACAGAAUGAGGAAAAUGUGAAAUCUAACCAAAAAAUCCC